AUGUAUCGACGAAUUUUACAGUUAGCAUGCUCUAUUUUGUUUGCAAUUCUACUACUCUCGCAGGAGUCUAAAGCGGACUUCAAAAUCUUUCAGCUCGGUUCCGCUCUGAUCCCUUCAGCUGCCAGUUCAAGAUGUCGAGUCGCAUUGACGACGAACAUUGUCUGUGAUCCAUUGCUGCAGUCAAUGGUCACCGGCAUGUCCAUGAAUUUGACAACAGACAGAUUAGAUUCCAUUUGCACGGCGGCUUGUGGAGCAUCUAUCAAGUCAUAUGCAACCGGUGUGCAAACUUCGUGCGGAUUUAGUCUAUAUGUCAAUAGCAGCACCCCUCUACAGAUUCCAGUUACGGAUUACGGCAAUGAGAACUGGUGGAAGUACAAUGUAACUUGUUUGAAGGAUUCCGCUGGCAAAUACUGCCAGCUUGACAAAAAGGAUUGCAGUACAUGCAAUCUACAGAUGGUUCAGAUGGAGUUGAACUCCCCAUUCGGCCAGCCACGGCUUGGGAGCCCAGAUACCUUCGCGGACCUCAAAAAAACUUGCAGUGUAGCCACGAGUUCAUACCCAUUGACAUACACAGCAUCCGCGGCGCCGACGGAAACCCCUAAGACCUGUUCAAAGUCAUAUACCUCCAAAGCCGGCGACACUUGCGUUUCAAUAGCAAAAGCCAAUUCCGUGAGCACCGGUGGCUUGAUAAAUCUAAACUCACUCGAUGCGCGGUGCAAAUACUUGGUGGCGGGAACGACCCUAUGUCUGCCUGAUACAUGCGCUCUCCAUGUCGUCAAAGCGAACGAAACCUGUCUUGAUAUUAUUCGGCAACACGCAAACACUACAGGGUUAUUUUCGCAACCACAAUUGCUAUCUUGGAACUUUGAGAUCGAUCCUCACUGCGAGAACAUAGGUGAACUGGUGGGAUAUGGAAUUUGCGUCUCACCGCCUGGCACUACUGCUCCGCCUGACUGGCAAAAGGACAAUGAAAAAACGGAAGUACCAAAGCCAAGCAACGGACACCCUCAAUCGAACAAAAAAUGCGGCGCAUGGCAUACAAUCGAAAUCAAUGAAACUUGUGAUAACAUCACUUUCACAUAUCAAACUAAGCAAAGCGACUUCGUGUUCCUCAACCCCGGCGUCAGGUCUGAUUGUACCAAUCUUCAGGCCGGAACAGCGUAUUGUGUGAAGCCAGUAGGAAGUAUCAGACGAUAUGAUGACUGGAAGCCAGUCCAGUUCCCAUCUGAUAUCUUAACCGCAACUAUCAACCCAGACCAACCUCCAAACAACCGAAGUCACACGUACCUUUGGCCAAACUCUACAGUUCCAGUAACCAUAACUAUUACUCAAUUAUUCCCUCCAGCUGCCGAGACAAGUCGUUGGGCUACGUAUACACUCUGUCCCGACUUUGCUGCAACAAAUCCGGAUUUUGAGGAUGGGGACGUUCCUUGGUAUGCCCUAGAAAACGAAGCUUGGAUGAGUGUCUACGAUGAGUAUUGCAUGAUUGGUGGUAAUAGAACGAUACCUACGGCGACGCCCACGUGGCCUAAGCUCGAUGUACCACUGACCGCGGUAGCACCACCUGGACCAACGAACAGCGGUGCUCCCAAAGAUUGCUUGAAAUGGGUAAUCGUCGGGCCUGGAAUGAACACAUGCCCAGGAAUAGCUGCGGCAAAUAACAUCACAGUUGAAGAUUUCAAGAAAAUGAACCCAUGGAUUGACGCUGAUUGCCGCAAUCUUUGGGCGCAAAAUGCAUACUGCGUAGACACAAUAGCAAGACAUGAACCUCCGAUCACGCAGCCACCAACUACAACCACCACUAGCCGUACAACCACCACCACUAGCAGAUUGACCACCACUACUACUGGCACAAGUUCCAAACCAACGUCUUCCACGACUCGAUCUGGAACCCCAGUAGCAACAGUCGCCCCUCCGGGGCCGACUGAAUCUGGGUCAUCUUCAGCAUGUAUCCGCUGGCACGUUUUUGCAACUGGGGAAACAUGUACGAGAAUGCUCGUAUCUGAGAACAUAAAACUUCCAGCUUUCCAGGCGUUGAACCUCUCAGUGAAUAGCGCUUGUAACAACCUCAAGGUUGGAACUGCGUAUUGUGUUGCUAGUGCUUAA